AUGGUGAUUCUUUUUAAUUUCGUUUUUUUUUUUUCUCUACCCCUUCCCCCUCGAUUUCUUUCUUUAUCGAUCCAGAUUCUUGCUUUUUACCUUCCUCAAAGAUAUUAUCCUUACUUUCUACGUUUUGUCUUUUCUUUCUCCCUUUUCUUUUUCGCCCCCUUUUUCCCUCCUCCCCUUUCUUUUUCGCCCCCUUUUUCCUUCCUCCCUUUUCUUUUUCUACUCCUUUUUCCCUUCCUUUUCUUUUCUACUCCUUUUCUCCCUCCCUUCCUUCCUUUUCUGCUCCUUUUCUCCCUCCCUUCCUUUUCUUUUCUGCUCCUUUUCUCCCUCCUUCCCCCUCCUUUUCUUUUGUCCCUCCCCUUUUCUUUUGUCCCUCUCCUUUUCUUUGUCCCUCCCUCCCCUUUCUUUCUACUCCUUUUCUCCCUUCCUCCCCUUUCUACUCCUUUUCUCCCUCCCUCUCUCCCCCUUUCUUUUCUACUCCUUUUCUCCUCCCUCUCUCCCCCCUUUCUUUUCUACUCCUUUUCUCCUCCCUCUCUCUCCCCUUUCUUUUCUACUCCUUUUCUCCCUUCCUUCCUCCCUCCCUCCCUUUCUUUUCUACUCCUUUUCUCCCUUCCUUCCUUCCCCCUCCCUCCCCUUUCUUUUCUACUCCUUUUCUCCCUCCCUCUCUCCCUUUUCUUUUUAUGCGAGAAAGGUAUCAGUGAACCACAUUCAUCUUGUGUUGUCGGCCAGAAGCAACAAGCAUACGUUGAUGCAUGCAAAGUCGUUAUCAUGUCUGAGAUGACUACGAUCUCACUCUCUCACUCACUCUCUCUCUCUCUCUAA